CAAAAGCACAAGAUCGAGUAAAAGAAAAAAGGACAAGACCCGCCCGAAAAAACAAGAACCGCUGCGAGAUAGGAGUUUUUGUCUGGAGUAAGUUCGAGCAAAAUGAAUCUGAAGAAGGACGCAAACCGAUCGCAGAAGACAGAAAAGCAAGCUAGCUCUUGACGCUGCAACCUUGAAACGCUUCUAGGAAUUUGAACAGGUUUUGAUGACUAAUGGCGCUUAAAAGAUAUCGCGGUAGGCCAUGUCAUGGGUUUUUUUAGCAAGAUAGCGAACUCCGUACUAGGUUGAAAAAAACCACGUGACUUACGAACCGAUAGCAUACAGCUCUCGUAAUAGUCAUAUUCCAAAAGAUAAAGACAAAACAAGCGCACUGAUAUCUGAGAAGAAAAGAACAAAAAAUGUCAACAAGAAAAGAAACAAAGACGAAGAUACAGAUGCGAAAAAGUUGGGACCAAAAAAUCUCUACUGUUCACCGGCUCAGGCGAAGGCGCCCACUCUUGUGGUGGUGAGUGAGUCAACGACUAGAUAUACCCUCAAACAAGUCGAGAGAGGAAACUUUUCUAUGCUGCGUUAAUGUGCAACAGGGGCAAGUACUUAUCACACAAGAAUGUGAGUUGCACGACCAAGAGACCACGAGUUGUUGUAUCUAGGUAUGAAUACCUAUACCCAAGUGGCAAACUACUAUGGACGACUCUUGAGGAUAGAAGCAAAAACCCUCGCCCCGAUGUGCCUAAAAUGAAUGCCCCGGUCGUGCUGUGGAUUUGUAGUUCUUGUUCCAGAUGCCUCCAUGGAAAUAAAUCAUCACAACUAAGAACAAGGCGGAAUUUCGGGUAAGAUCAUGAUUUUCAGUACGUGUCGCAACUUCGCCUUUUUCCGUUUCUUCCUUCUUGCCUCCACCACGGGUUAUGCGUUUCAUAUCAUGUUUGAAGUGCGUUCCGUUGUCCUCAACAUUUUAAAGAAAUGCAAGAAACUGCUAUUUAGCAGCUAGCACCAGCAGCCGUGGCGAGUGCAGUUCUUGUCAAGAACUACAGAGUUUUGCUAUUUCUUUCGGAGAAGUGCAUACCUAGCACUAGCACUAGCAGUAGUACCACCCGCCAGUUACCCCACUACGUUUUUAUGUGUAGUUUUACGACGACCUAAUUGCAAAUACCACUCCGAAGUUGUAGACUUGCUAUCAAUCAGAACAAUCAGAGCAGCAGAAACCAGUAUGUCCACGCUCGUCUUUCCAUCCGUGUCUGUGCAGCUGUCCCAGGACCACGACUUCAUCGAGCCCAAACUGGCAGACCAUGCUGGUGCGACGGCUUCUCCGCUACAAGUACUCCGCGAGGAAAUCAAAGAACUCGCGACCCCAACAUCUGACAACGAAAAGAAUCGUCCCUCGCAGGAGCUGCAGCAACCCACCUUGCCGUUCAUUCUCGAGGAGGACGAGGAUGAGCAGCUGGGACUUCUACAAUUACCCGGGCAGCUGCUGGUGCAGCAAGGAGGUGCAACCCGCGCUGCGUUUUUCGAUGAAGUGGACGAUUUGAACAAGAACGCCAGUGGUAUUCCUUUCUUACCCCCGCUCCGGCGCACCCACGGUAUCAAGUGUAAAAAUGUCUGGGUCUGGAAGAAUGCAAGUUUGUCAUGCGUGUCUGGCAUGACUCGAGAAUCUGUGUUGCAUAGGCACGAAAAGGCCCUCUUACCUGUCAUGCAAAAACGCAAUUUGUCAUGCGGAAUACGUAAGACAUGGAAGCCAAAAAAUUUGUCAUGCAUAGCAGCGUAUUGCAGUCCGUCUACUAUUCACUUUUAGCAUCACAAGUUUCCAGACCCAGACAUUUUUGCAUUUGAUACACGGAGCGCCGAAACUGUUUUCCUCCGACGGCACCGUCUCCGAAACGCCUGCGUCUUGUAUGAAAAGGAAAAAUCCCCCCUCCCCAUAUCAAAAAGGAAAUCUGUGAUGCUGGAUUUGCGUACACAAAUCAGAUUUGUACUUGAGGAAGGCAUUGCGGCCAGAUCCUCAGGCUAGGUAGGGGCGUAUGGGUCUAGUUGUUCAGCAUUGCAAGCGGCUGACCUUUAGGCCCAGCAGCAUGACAAAGGCAUCCAUAAUCUGGUAACCAAAUGCGUGCGCGCGCGCGCGCAGAGCGCGCGNUUGUCGCUCCAGCGCCACAAGUCCAAAACUCUCCGGUAAAAACGUCCAGAUAUAAACAGGUCCAGAGAGCCACUGAGCAUGCAGCAGCUGGAUCGAAUGGGGUGAUCGCAGUACAGACUCGGGGACGGGCCUUGAGCGGAGAAAAGAAGACAGCGUGGCACUGAAGUCCUAGGCUGUGUACACCUAGCAGGGCUAUUUGUUCACGGGUGGCACUGAAGUCCUAGGUUUUGUACACCUGGCAGGGCUAUUUGUCCACCAUUUACAACUCUAUCUCCAGCUCGGCUAGUCGUCCUCAGAAACAUGUCCUAUGGUUAGCUUAAAGAGAGAGUAGCUUAGUAGUUAGAAGCUGACUAUAGAGGUGUCCUCCUCCUCCUCCUCAACAAGAAAAGAAACAAAGACGAAGAUACAGAUGCGAAAAAGUUGGGACCAAAAAAAUCUCUACUGUUCACCGGCUCAGGCGAAGGCGCCCACUCUUGUAGUGGUGAGUGAGUCAGCGACUAGAUAUACCCUCAAACAAGACUCCAGCUCUUUCCUUCAUUAUUCGGUUGUUUCAUGUUUAGGUUUUUUUUCCUGAGCGGAAGCGACUUGGCGAAAAAAAUAGAGACAUGGAGUGCCGUCGUGCUCGAGAGUACAUCACGGAGAACCACUGUACGGCUCGCGGCAAGCGCUGAGGGCCGGUAGAGCAAUGUCAUCGAUGGAGGUGGUUCUCUGAGAGACUACAAGCAACCGCCAAUCAAAAUCAUGGGAAACACUCCAGCACCAACCGCAACCCUUUUCGACCAACCCCAGCCUGACGUUUUCCGCUACUGGCACGAGCCGGAGAACAUUCAAGAAAACUGCAUCUUUUGCCAAAUCGCAAACGGCAAAAUCAAGCCCGGGCUGAACCGCAGCCAGGAACUGCUCUACCAAGACGACCUUAUCGCCGCCUUUUACGACAUUGACCCCGCGGCGAGCGAACACAUUCUGAUCGUACCAAGAAUGCAUGUGAAGAACUGCUUUGCGGGGAAUUACACAAAGGAACUACAUGAUCGCAUGGUGGCGGCCGCACAAAAGAUUGUGUCUGAGCCGAGGAUACAACAGCCAGACGGCGUGCAGUUGUUUGUCGGAGGUCGGUCUGCUACUGCUGCUGCUGCUACAAGUAGCACAGCGAGCGGGGGAAGUGCGGAUGAACAACCACCCCAAGCAUCUGUCACGACCUCGGACCAGGCUGCUUUAGAGGAAUUGCGUCAGAGAGUUUAUUCGAAGGCAGAUUUCCGCAACUCCGACAAGAUUCGAACGUUUUUCAUCCGUCCACCCUGGAAUAGUGUCUAUCACGUUCACAUGCACGUCAUGGUACUGCCAAUGAAAGAAAAUCUACCGUUUUUUCGAAGGCUUGGGUUUCAAAACCCAUGGUUUCAUAUAGCCACUGAUGAGCUGGAAAAAGAGAGAAGGUGGCAGUUGUCGUAAAAAAGCGUAAGUGCUGUUUCUGUUUGCCUCUCGCCGGUAGGGCACCUGGCUAUGUCGGCGUCCUCAGUCGCCGCAAGGUCGAGGACUGAGCAAGA